CAUUAAUGAAUCUCACUUCACUCACAACUUUAAACAAUAGUUGUUCAUUCUUCGAGUCCUGUCAAUCAAAUCUCUACAAUCAACGAUUAGCGAUGGCUUCUUCCUCUUCUCCUUAUCCUGGGAUUUUCUUAAAAUCUCUGUUUUCUUUUCUGGUUUUGAGCUCUUUAGCUAUGGCUAGUAAUUUCAACCAAGACUUCGACAUCACAUGGGGCGAUGGUCGAGCACAGAUACUCAACAAUGGGGAGCUUCUCACUCUCUCCCUUGACAAGGCCUCUGGCUCUGGCUUCCAAUCCAAGCACGAGUACCUCUUUGGUAAGAUAGACAUGCAGCUCAAGCUCGUCGCCGGCAACUCAGCCGGCACGGUCACGGCCUACUACUUAUCAUCUCAGGGACCGACCCAUGACGAGAUUGACUUCGAAUUUCUCGGCAACCUCAGCGGUGAUCCCUAUAUUCUACACACUAAUGUCUUCAGCCAGGGGAAGGGAAACAGGGAGCAACAGUUCUAUCUCUGGUUCGAUCCUACAGCAGACUUCCACACUUAUUCCAUUCUCUGGAACCCCCAACGCAUUAUCUUCUCUGUAGAUGGAAUACCCAUCAGAGAAUUCAAGAACUCAGAAUCCAUUGGAGUUCCAUUCCCCAAGAACCAGGCCAUGAGAAUCUACUCCAGCCUAUGGAAUGCUGAUGAUUGGGCCACAAGGGGUGGCCUUGUCAAGACCGAUUGGACAAAAGCACCAUUUACAGCUUCCUAUAGAAACUUCAACGCCAACGCCUGCGUCAUGUCUUCAGGCUCCUCUUCUUGUGACUCCAAAUCUCCCACUUCAACAACUGACAAUCUCCAAUGGCUAUCGCAAGAGCUGGACUCAGCUGGUCAAGAGAGGAUGAAAUGGGUGCAGAACAAUUAUAUGAUCUACAAUUACUGCGCAGAUACAAAGCGUUUUCCUCAGGGCCUCCCUCCUGAGUGCUCCAACACCAACAUGUCUUAGAGCAGCUUGUUUUAGAACAUUCUUUUGUUUCCAGGCUUCACAAAUUAUUUCAUUUAUUUAUAUAUUUAUUCAUUUUGAUCUUCGCUAUUGUAAUCUAAACCAACAUCAUAAGGAAAUUUUGAUAAUAUAUAUCAGAAAGUUUUGUUAUUUCA